AUGCCGGAGAAAGCAAUUCGAAGAAAACUAGUUAUUGUAGGAGAUGGAUGUUGUGGUAAGACAUCGUUACUAUAUGUUUUCACAUUAGGAGAAUUCCCGCAGGAGUAUCAUCCCACGGUGUUUGAAAAUUAUGUUACAGAUUGUAGAGUGGAUGGGAUCAAAGUAUCGCUAACGUUAUGGGAUACAGCAGGUCAAGAAGAAUAUGAACGGUUACGGCCAUUUUCUUAUUCUAACGCAGAUAUUAUUUUGGUUGGGUUUGCUGUGGAUGAUAUAGAAUCAUUGGAGAACGCAAGGACGAAAUGGGCUGAGGAAGUCUUACGAUAUUGUCCCGAUGCACCAAUAAUACUGGUUGGAUUGAAAGGAGAUUUAAGAGAACAAGGAAAUGGGACAAGUAAUAAGAAAAUGGUAAGGCCCGAAGAUGCACAACAUGUUGCCAGGCUGGUCGGAGCAAAAAAAUAUCUGGAAUGUAGUGCACUGACGGGAGCGGGUGUGGAUGAUGUAUUUGAAUUGGCAACUAGGACAAGUCUUCUUGUAAAUAAGGAUCCAGGUCAAAACUGCUGCACAAUUCUGUAG